UGUUCUGCUCAACUAUUUGUUCCCCGGUCUAUUAUCUGUCGACCAAUACCCAACCUAAUGCUAAUGUUCUGCCAGGAGAAAUCCCGGUGGGCCGCUAGAUUAACAAACGGAAUAGGCUUGGACCAAACCCAGGGAUGUCAAUCUACUGGCUGACAUUGGUGUGUGUGAUGUCAUUGGUGUGUGUGACGUCACUGGUGGGUGCACGCACACCAGUAGAGGUGAUGAACGACGUGUGCAACAAGCAAGUGACGGUCAAAGGGUCACUUUUGUUGAGGCAGUCAUUCGUCCAGAACCAGGACUGUGAGGUGACCCUGGUGACGUCAGAAGGGGCGGGGCUGGUGGCACAGUUCACCCACUACACCCAGCAGAACCACGGCGCCGCCCUCGUCGGUCUCAUCACAGAGUGUACACUGGAGUAUGUGCAGUUGGUCUCAGAGGGUGGUGACAAAUUGAUGGGUUCAGGCGGCUACUGCAAGAGUCUCCGGCCCACCCAGCAGUACGACCUGGGGGGUCGGGCCACCUUCAUGUACCACAGGAGCGAGACCUCACUGGUGAGAUACCUCUCGUUUGACCUGCUGGUCACUGAGGUCUACAGCAAGAAAGGUCAUGAGGAAGGCUGUGCUGAGAGACAGUUCGACUGCGGCGAGGUGUGCAUCAGCCAGCAGCUCACCUGUGACGGCUACGACAACUGCGGCAACGAGGACGACGAGAACGACGAUUGCGGCCUCUCCAAGAUCGCCAUCAUCGGCAUCGUGGCAGGCGUCGCCGCUUUCGUCGCUCUCGUGAUCUCCAUCGUCAUCUACGUCGUUAGACGGAAGCGUUACGUCAAAGUGCCACAAAACAAGCCACAGUAAAAAGUUGCUUGUUCGUGAUUUUUGGUGGCGUUUUGGUGGCUUUUUAAUUGCUUGUUUCAGUAUUUUGGGGUCCUUUUUUGUGGACUUUUAGAUUCAUGUUUCGUACGAGAAUAUGUUUCAAUGAAAUAAAUCUAUCUAGUUAAUAUUUA